AUGGAGUGGAAUAAAGAAGAGGCUGCAAGAGCCAUGGAAUUGGCUGAGAAGAAGAUGGAUAUCAAGGAUUAUGCGGGAGCUGGAACAAUGGUCUUUAAAGCGCAAAAGCUAUAUCCAAGUAUAGAAAAUGCCAGUCAAAUGCUAACUGUAUGCGAAGUACACUGUUGUACGGAGCGCAAAAUAGUUGGGACGGAACCAGACUGGUAUGGCAUCCUUCAGAUUGGGCAAGCUGCUGACGAAGCAUCCAUUAAGAAACAGUUCAGAAAGCUUGCCCUCCAACUUCAUCCUGAUAAGAACAAGUUUCCUGGUGCAGAAGCUUCCUUUAAAUUGAUCGAUGAUGCCCAAAGGCUUCUUUGUAACCAAUCAGAACGGUCAAAGUUUGAUCAGAAGCUUGGAACUAUGAGAUCUGGUCAACAGAAGCAGUCUCAAAAUCUGCCAAGUAGGAAUAACUAUCCUAACAAACAAGCUGGAAUACAUUCUAAUCCAGUGGGUACCAAGAACAGGAAAAGAGGAAGAAAAUCCGACUCAGAAGAGGAAACUGGCAGUAUUGAAGCUGAAAGUAGCUGCGAUAUGGAGGAAGAGAGUGAUCAUAUAGCUGGACAGAAUCCUGGACUCAGCAGCGGUCGAGAUACUCGCAGAUCAUCUCGGCAAAAACAUGAUGUUAGUUACAAAGAGAACUUAAGCCAUGACGAUGAUAUAGGUGGAAAUUCUGAGGAAGUAGCUGAAGAUGAUGGCAACUCUGAAGGAUCUGAACCAAUGGUCGUCCUUGAAGUUGCUGAUCCAGAUUUUUAUGAGUUUGACAGGGAUAAGUGUGAAGAAUGCUUUGCAGUUGAUCAGAUGUGGGCCAUGUUUGACGAUUUAGAUGGUAUGCCAAGAUUUUAUGCUCGGAUCAAGAAAGUAUAUUCGCCUUUCAAGGUGGAUAUCGCAUGGUUGGAUUUUGUUGCUGGGGAUCUGGGUGAGACUGCUUGGAAGAGAAGUGGGUUACCCGUUGCCGUUGGUAAAUUCAAACACCAGAAGACGGAUACAAUUGAAGAUAUAGGUACAUUCUCCCAUAAGAUUGUUUGGGAUAAAGGUGUUCGAAAUACUUACAAGAUCUAUCCCCAUAAAGGUGAAACUUGGGCCCUUUACAAGAACUGGAACUCUAAGUGGAGCUCUGAUCCAGACAACCACAGAGAGUAUGAGUAUGAAUUUGUUGUAGUCCAGUCAGAUUACACCAACGAAUCAGGCAUUUUGGUUACCCAAUUGGCUAAGCUAAAAGGCUUUGUAUGCCUUUUUAAGCCAACCAAAACCAAUGGCAUGUCUUCCUUUCAGAUAGCAUCUAAUGAAAUGAUAAAAUUCUCACACAGGGUUCCUUCAUUCAGAACAAAUGGUAGAGAACGAAAAGAUGUCCCUGAAGGUUAUUUUGAACUUGAUCCUGCUUCCUUGCCCAGUAACCUUGAAGAAGUUUCUGAUCACAUUGACGGGAAUGCUGAAACCGUUAGUGGUCAAACUAAUGGUUCCUUAAAGUCCGUAUCAGAGGAGAAGCCUCAUAUGCCGAAGAAUGGUGUGACAGCAAAAGCUGAGUCUAAGAUAUUAAAUACUCCAGAUGGUGUGGCGGCAAAGGAAGAGAGAGUUCCUGAGAAAAUUCCUUCUUCACCUACUUCGGCUAUAGACCCUGGUUUUAAAUAUUGA